UUUUUAAUAAAUAAAACGAGCUUGUUUCUUUACCGUGUUCAAUUUCCGAUAAUCUAUAGACUUCAAUUUUGUACAAUUUGUAACAUAUCUAAUUUAAGCAACUGUUAAGUAUGUCGGCGGUAAAUUUAUUCAACCAAAUGACUAGUUACUUAAUACUACCAGAAAGUGAAGACAUGGUGGCAUCAUCAAUUGUGUUUAAUGACCAGACUGUCAUCUGCCACCCAGUGUGGUUUAUGACACAAUGUUAGUAGUUAGGUCUGAACAAUAUCUGAUCAAAACGAGAUAAUCGGAUUAUGCAGAACUGAGGGGCAAUCAAACACCUGAAUACAAAGGCUUACACGAUUUUAUUAUUGAUGCAAACAAUCAAAUGAAAACUAUUUCAUUUAAUUUAAUUUAAUGUUUAUUUAAUGUGUCAACAUGUUAGUUUUCCCAGACCAGGUCCCUGCCCAGACAAAUACCAUUAUGGUUAAUUUGUAAAUGUUUUUUAUUUGGAAUUGAUAUAUUUAUUGAUUGUGUUCAAUCUUAUUUGUUUCAGUAAAGUAGAAAAACUUGUUGGCAUGUUGAAAAAUAAAAUCUAAAUAUAAUCGUAUAAAUAUAACCGAUCACGCUCUAUUUCUCCCCAUUGAUUGUAUCUUUCUUUUUCCUACCAAUUCAGUCCGGAUGUAAACACGCAGGUGCGCGUGACAUCACGCAUGAACUGGUCUAUAGAUGUUUUAAAAUGGGGGCCAUCUCAAAGGGGUGCUUGACUGUCACUUUUCAGUUUGUUUACAGAGAAGGGAAAACCGGUUGCUAGAGAGGCCCCCUCUGGCAGGUCAUAUGGAGGAAGUCCGCUACAAGAUCUACCUAGCUGGACGUUCAGGGGUUGGCAAGUCUGCAACAGUGGCCAAACUUACAGGAAAUGACAUUCCUAAGACUCACAUGGAAACGCCAGGUGUACAGACAAGCUCUUGCUUCUGGCCAGUAAAGGUUAUAGACAUCAACAAGGUCACGUUGUUCCACCUGCAGUUUUGGGAUGCGGGGGAGAUGGCGUGUAAGAAGUACAGUCACAUUGCUAGCGCUUGCACAGAGAAGGUGGACUGUAUUUUGUUCCUGUUCUCCCUUGUCGACAAGUCCAGCUUUGAGGAGCUGCACCAACAGAUCAGUAGGCUGUCUAAUCCACAGGACAACAUUGCUAAAAUUGUUAUAGCAACCAAAUGUGAUCAACACGCCCACAGCGAAGUGACACAACGUGAUAUCAGAGACUUUGAGAAGACGUGGAAAAUACCUAUCGUCAAAGUGAAAAAUGUGCCCGAUUCGACCCAGGCAGAUAUCAACGACACCGUCUUGACUCUUAAUACAAUUUGUGAGCAUUUGUGGCAAAGGGACUUAAUUCUUGCUGGCAAAAUACCAAAGCCUCAAAGAGUUCAAGAACCUGACACCGUAAAGCGUAUAACGUCCGAUGAAUAUGUUUAGAUCUUGUUGAAAUUUUGCAAACUAUUUAUGUAUUUUUGCUAAGUAUUGUUUAAUAUUAUAUAAAAAAAUACAAUUGAA